CCAUCUUUGCAUUGUUCCUGGGUCCAGCUCCCCACUCGGAUCACCGGCGUGCCCCACCAUGUCAGACGCGGCUGUGGACACUAGCUCUGAAAUCACCACCAAGGACUUAAAGGAGAAGAAGGAAGUUGUGGAGGAGGCAGAGAAUGGAAGAGACGCCCCUGCCAAUGGGAAUGCUAAUGAGGAAAAUGGGGAGCAGGAGGCUGACAAUGAGGUAGAUGAAGAAGAGGAAGAGGGUGGUGAGGAGGAGGAGGAGGAGGAGGAAGGUGAUGGUGAGGAAGAGGAUGGAGAUGAAGAUGAGGAGGCUGAGGCAGCUAUGGGCAAACGGGCAGCUGAAGAUGACGAGGAGGAUGAUGAUGUUGAUACCAAGAAGCAGAAGACCGAUGAGGAUGACUAGACAGCAAAAAAGGAAAAGUUAAACUAAAAAUAAAAGGCCACCG